AAUAUGGCAGCUUUCCUGGGUUUUUAUUUGUUUUCUGAAGCUAGGGUUCGUGACUAAACGAUACAUUUUAGUACAUACAAAUUAAACGCCCGUGUUCAUAGUGAAACUCUCAUUGAGGACAGGCUUUUUCGUAAAAACUCGGUUCCUCGUUAUUUAAUUUCUGCUGCAUUAACAUCAUGGCUUCUGCAUUUGUGGUGGGGGAUAAAUUCAGAAAUAAGGCGACACAUUUACUGGAAAACUCGGAGUCAUCUCUUCCACGAGCGUUGAGAGAAGAGCUGGAGGAGCUUCUUCAAAAACCGGAACCAACAAUCAUGUCCUUUAGCACAGCGCGAAAGAUCAAGAAAUACCUUAAAGACAAAGGGCAUCCUUUCUACCUGCAUGAGUUGCUGGAGGACAGCUCGCUGCACCUGCCUGAGAUCGUGAAGCCUCCCAGAAACCCUGAGCUGGUCGCUCGUCUUGAGAAGAUUAAAGCCAAACUCGCCAAUGAGGAAUACAAAAGGAUCACAAGGAAUGUCAAUAAUCAGGAAAUCAACCGGAAUGGCACACUCUCAGAUUUUGGACGGCAGGUGCGCUCAGUCAAAGCAGUGGUGUUGACCGUAUUCAACUUCCUGGUAACAGUAGUUGCUGCUUUUGCCUGUUCCUACAUGGGCAGUCAGUACUUGUUCACUGAGACUACAGCGCGGGUGAUAUCAGCUGUGAUCGCCGCAUCGGUCGUUGGGCUUGCCGAGCUGUAUGUCCUGGUCCGGACCAUGGAAGGAGAUCUAGGGGAACCGUAGCAGCUGUAACACGUACCUGUGGAAUCACAGUAACAUCAGCACCUUGUAGGCCGGAGCCGCCAGGCAACCGCAACUGUAGCCAAGCAACCGCAGCCAAGCAACCGCAGCCAUGCCUGCGGUUCAGAGCAGAAUUCUCUCUCUGUGAAAUUUUUGUGCUCAUUCUGUUUUAAUUUGUCAGGAAGUAUGAAAAAAUACAUACUGAGAAUUUAUUAAUACAACUGGUUCAAAGUCAUUAAGUGUUUGUUCUUUGACAUUCUGCCUUUCCUUUCUAAUGAAAUCAAUGAAAUUAUUUAUUCCCAUUUUUUCCCCAAAACUACAGAGUUUUCCCCUCUCUGCUGUAUAAAAUGAAUGUUGAGGUUCUUUUCUAUGCUAAGAUGUAAUCAUAUUUAAUAAAUAUGAUUUUUGUCCAAUAAAUCAUCUGAACUAUCCAUUCAUGCAUUUUCUACCACAUACAUGGGCACCAGUCUAAGCAGAGAUGUCCACUCCUCCCUCUCUUUCUGGGGACAGCAGUGUUGAUGUGGUGCUUUAUGCAGUUUCCAUCAUUAACUAUAAAAUGAACUUGAUGCAAAUAAAAGGAAAUGCAGCUCAAAUUUAUUUAUUUUAUAACAACUGUUACUACACUGGCUAGAUCGCAACUAAAAUGUCAUGUCAAA